AUGAUGAGUUUGGUUUUACGGGAUGGUUAUGUACUGGAUUCAAUCGGUCCUUUUUACGGGAAAAAUGAUGAUGCAUCCAUCUGGAAAGCCAUCCUGAACACAUGUACCGAUCUUGAACCACUGUGCGAAGAUGGAGAUGUUCAAAUAGUUGAUCGUGGGUUUCGCGAUGUAACAGCAGAAUUUGAUGUGACUUGGUUAUGA